AUACACCAAGUCCGUGACCAUUUCCUUGGCUCUAAUCAAAAUUACUUGUCACAAUCGCCUACGGCGCCGCUUUAAGCUUUCGUCAUGGCGCCGGCGAAACCAAUGCCUACAGUCGUCGGAGAAAUGACGAUCAUAUGGGAUUUUGAUCGAACGAUUAUGGACGACGAUAGUGAUCGCUGGGUGGUGGUAGAAAUGGGUUUGACCCAAUUGUUUAAUCAGCUUCGCCAGACAUUGCCAUGGAAUUCUCUCAUGGAUCGUAUGAUGGAGGAGCUACAUUCUCAGGGAAAAACAAUCGAAGACAUCAUAAACUGUUUAAAUCGUGUUCCUUUAGAUCCACAUAUCAUUUCAGCCAUUAAAUCAGCUCAUGCUCUUGGAUGUGAUUUGAAGGUACUCAGUGAUGCUAACAAGUUCUUCAUAGAAACAAUCUUGAAAAACCAUGGAGUUUAUGAAUGCUUUUCUGAGAUCAUUACAAACCCUACUUUUGUUGAUAAAGAAGGCAGACUUCGAAUCUUUCCUUAUCAUGGUUCAACUUUGCCUCCCCAUGGCUGUGAUCUUUGUCCCCCAAAUUUGUGCAAGGGGUUAGUUUUGAAUCAAAUAGAAGAUUCAAUGUUGGAAUCAAAGCAGGUGAUAAUCUACAUUGGAGAUGGUGGAGGUGAUUUUUGUCCAACUUUGAAGCUUGAAGAAAAAGACCAUGUGAUGCCUAGAAAAAACUUCCCAUUACAUCAUCUCAUUUCCAAAUCAUCUGUACCUAUUAAGCCAAAAGUUCAUGAAUGGAGUAAUGGGGAAGAACUCAACAAGAUUCUGCUUCACCUUAUUCAUCCUGUCACCACUAAUCCAGCAGACUGAUUGAAUCAGAAUUGAAUUCUGGUUGAAUUGUUUCACCAAAAAAACUAAAAUAUUCUUUAAAUGAUGAAACUUGGUAUUGACUGUGCAAGGUUUGCGCAAACUACAAUAGCAUUCGUAGCUAAAAGAGUUUAGGACACUUUGUGUAUUGCUUAUAAAUAAUCUUACUUCUUGGUAGGUGUGUAUUUCAAUUCAUAUAUGAUAAAAGUUGGUUAUUUUGA